UGGGAUUUCGGCACAAUUCACUAUAAUUCUACCAUACCUACACCUACUGGUUGCAAUGCCUUGAAUUUAAAAGCCUUUCAAGUGACCAUUCCGAUCGCAGAUGUUUUCUAUGACCCUCCAAUCAUUGAGGGAGUUCUUACGCCAUAUGCAGUUUUCGUACCUGGUACAGUUGUUGGUGUUAAUUUUGUCAUUGAUUUAUUUGAAAUUCAGCAAGUGGUUUUAGACUCUCAGUAA